UCACAGCCUUAGCUGGUAUGUAACCCCGUCCCCGGUAGCUCACGGUUGCCACACGCGCACUCACACACACACAUACGCACACAUACAUGCAUACAUGCUCACUUACUCACUCACACAUAUACGCACAGACACGCCAAGACGCACGUCCGUUCACAAGCUCCAGUUAUUGGAGUGUGCGCGCUGGGAGAGGAGCACCCCUAAACAGCCCGUCAGCGCCAGUGAAAGAGAGCCGCGCGCUGCCUGCACCCAUACACUGACAGGGAGCGUUGGUUCGCUCACUCGUGCGGUCCCUGAAGAUGGUCUGAAACUCAAGCGCGUUUUUUUUUCUCCCAUCCCUUGUGAAGAGCUCGAGCAGAGAGCCACAAUGUUGACGAGGCUUUUCAGUGACCCCUCACUACUCCCCGAUGUGCAGAAAUACUCCGGCUGGGCGGAGGACAGCGAUUGCGAGAGUUCCAAGAUCAAAGAUGAGGACCAGGACACCCAGGACGACAUGGAGGGAUCUGAUCUGAGAGGAGAUAGCCGGACGCAGUCCGAGCACGCCGGGGACGAUGACGAAGACGACGGGGUAGAGGAAGAGGACGAUGGCGAGGAUACAGAGGGGGACAGGCCCAAGAAAAGGGGCCCCAAGAAGCGCAAAAUGACCCAGGCCCGGAUCGAGCGCUCAAGGAUGCGGCGGGUAAAGGCCAACGCACGGGAGCGGACCCGCAUGCACGACCUGAACUCUGCGCUCGACAAUCUGCGUAAAGUGGUGCCAUGCUACUCCAAAACGCAAAAACUGUCCAAAAUAGAGACAUUGCGGUUGGCCAAAAACUAUAUCUGGGCUCUGUCGGAGAUACUGCGCUCUGGAAAAAGGCCAGACCUUGUGUCCUACGUCCAGACGCUGUGCAAGGGACUCUCCCAACCCACGACCAACCUGGUGGCGGGAUGCCUGCAGCUAAACUCCCGUAACUUCCUAACCGAGCAGCAGUGUCAGGAUGGGGGGAGGUACGCGUCCGGCUCCUUCUCCAUGCAUUCCUACCCCUACCAGUGUGCGCGUCUCUCAAGCCCCCACUGCCAGCCGGGUUCGAACUCGCAUCCGCUGAGGACGCACGGCUACUGCUCCACUUACGACUCUCUGUACGGUGGGAGCGGGUCCCCUGAGUAUAACAGCCCCGAGUAUGAGGGGCCCCUCAGCCCGCCCCUGUGCGUCAAUGGCAACUUUUCACUGAAGCACCAAGGCUCUGCCUCCCCCGAAAACGAGAAGGGAUACCACUACUCUAUGCAUUACUCCGGCCUGCCUGGCUCAAGACCCACCGGGGCCCACAACCUGGUGUUUGGCUCCUCGGGGUCCCGGAGCGGCAUUCACUCUGAAAACGUCCUGCCUUACCACGACAUGCACUUACACCACGAACGGGCCCCCGUGUAUGAUGAACUGAACGCGUUUUUUCACAAUUAAAAUGAGAAACCUAUCGUGCGUCCCCUUGCAAUCAACAAUCUAUCCACGGCACACUUUUUGAAAAGCUUACCUGCCAGGAUUUAGGCAUUCUGGAGAGAUGUUUCACUCGUUGUCAUUAGUGUUUUCCUUUCUAUUUUUUCUGUCUUAAUUUUUUGUUUUGCUAUAGUCAGGGAUGUAGUGGAGGGUAAUCUACCUAACCCACAAUCUUAUUGUUGCGCAACAGAAGUUAUCCAGCUUUUAAAGCUGAAAUAAAUCUCUAAAAGGAAAUUUGAUAAUCAUAUCAAGACCUAAGGGAAUUUCAAAAUAUUAAUGUAAAGUGAGAUUUGUGUUUGUAUCGGUGAUUGUUUGCAUUUUGAUGACUGGAAGUCAAAGUUUACCCACUUGUUUAUUUACCACUACAUCACUGUCUACAGUUACACCUUGACAUUGGCGGUGAAUUUCUAAUAAUAUGAAAUUAGGAAUAAAUCAAUGAACAAGCGAAUGCAAAUCACAUCACGCCUGUACGUGCGACAUUUAGGAGGUUGUGGUUUUUGGAAAUGAUGAAAUCUAAAGAAAUGCUGAACCGGUAAAAAAAUGUGCAAGUAGGGUUGUUUUAGAAGAAUCUGUUCUCCAGCAAAUCAAUCGUUUCGCAUCUAUGCAAAACCCAACGAGACCACAAAGAGAGGCCCAGAAAGACACUGUAUGUUCAUCAGCACCGGCUGCACGCACGGGUGCGCGCAGACACACACUCACACACACUCACACACACUCACACAAAGACAGACAGACAGACAGACAGACAGACAGACAGACACUUUGGAAUUAACUAAAUCUGACAAUGGCUGGGCUGGCCAAAAUGGUUUAACUUCUAAAACAAUCAUCAAAAUACAAUGAAAUCAGACAUUUUCUUUUUUUCUUUUUUACUCGUAUUUAUUCAUAUUGCCUUUAUUCUUCUAUUUGAUCCA